AUGAAUUCUCCUAACCCUAAUUCAUUGAAAUCUAGGUUCACUAAAGGGUUCGUGAAAGCCCUAAUCAGAAUAAACAAAAACCACCCCAGAUCAGCAUCAUCAUCAAUAUCGUCUUCCCCGAGAGAGAUCCGGCGGCGAUAUCAUAAAAUCAAGACUGCUUCUUAUGCAUCCAUGGCUUGUGCUGUAGGGAGAAGAAGAGCAUGGAGUAGGGCGCUGCUCUGGAAGAUCCGAAACCAAGCGUGCAACGGUGGCGUUGUAAGGAGAUCAAUUGGCAGUCGCUCUCACUACUCCAUGAAGAAAAGAGUUGAGCAGAACAAGGUAAAUGAGCUGCGGAAGGUCGUACCUGGCGGUGAAGGCAUGGAUACUUGGAGCUUGUUGGAGGAGACUGCUCAUUACAUGAAGUGCCUUACCACACAGGUAAAGGUGAUGAGGACAAUUGUGGAAAUUCACUCUACUACUACUUGA